AUGGACGUGCGGCGCAGCGUCAACUUUCUCACCCCCGGCCUUUUGACGGCCGCGGCUGUCCUCGCUGCUGACCGGCUCAUGGCUGCAGUCCUCUCGUUGACUGGCUGCGACCACGCCCUUCCCCCCACCGUCGUAGCAGCCUUCUCAAUCACAGCGGCCCUGGUGGUGAUCGUCCACCAGCACCUCGGUACGCGCAGACGAGAUCGAGCUAUGACGACACGCGCACACGCAGAUCCCUGGGUGUGUCUUUGUGGACUCGCUGUCUGGUUGCAGGCUGCUCGUUGGCCAAGGAUCUGCAGGUUCUCUGAAGUCAGCAACGACGACCGCCUCGACGUGCUUCGCGAGCAUGAGAAGCUCCUCAAGGCCAAGCGUCGCAAGUGGGUCACCCCGGCCGACUUUCGGCGUGCAGUCGAGGAGGAUGGUCGACUGUGGACCGUCAUCAACGGGAGCGUGUAUGACGUGGCGGGACUCAUCGGCAAUGACAACAACGGCAAGCCCAAACACCCAGGCGGAGACUUCCUCGCCGAUUUCGUCGGUAAGGCCUGUACAUGAGGGAAGUACACAUGCACUGCCUGCUUGCCUUGUGUUCUUCACGCACAUGCACUUGUUGCUUGGUUGGUUUGUGUUUCAGGAAAGGACGCUUCGCUCUGGUUCUACACCUCUCAUCUCAAGUCAGAGAACGUGUUGACGCGGCUGAGCGUCAGCUGGGUCGGCUACCUCACCGACCGUUUCGGCCUCAUGUGCAGCCACGACAAGGCCAUGCACAAACUCAUCGACGACUUCGCCGCCGAGGGGCUGUUCGCCUACCCCUGGCGGCACUGGUUGUGGGACAUGCAGGGCCCUGUGCUGUUCCUCAUCUCCUUUUGGGUCGCCCACUGCUGCAUUCAAGGGCGAAUCGCCCCCGACUGGUCGGGGCGGCUGGUCUAUGUGGGCAGCUUCAUCGGCGGCUCGCUCAGCUACGUGCUGAUGCUAUACUUCGUCCACGACGCCCUCCACCAGUCCAUCUUCACGACGAAGGAACGAGCCAAGAGGUGUGUGAGGGAGGGGCACCAAUCUGUGCACUCAACACACUGUGUGGUUGUGUCCGCACGUGUGUGCAGCUUCACAAGGUGGUUUUCCCUCGUGGUCGGGGGCAUCGAUUGGUCAGUGGGAGCCAUUGUGCACGACGCCCACCACGCCUUCACCCACGUCGUGGGCCGCGACAAGUCCCUCGACACCGCCCCGCUGGUGUACUGGCACAAAUCGCAGGUGCCGGGCGACUCUGCCGGAGCCCUCAGCAGCGCCGAGGCUUUUGCCGCCACGUGGGGCGCAUUUCUCUGGUUCACUGUGGUGGUGUGGCUGAUGUUCCCGAUGGAGGUUUUGAGGUCGGUGGCCGACGCGUUCAAGAGGAAGGACGUGGUCUGCCUCGUCGCGGUCCCUGUCCGUCUGCUGCUGCCCUUCGCCUGCCACCUAAGCUUCAACGUCUCCCUCCACUACGCCGUGUGGCUCCUGUUGGCCCAAGAGGUGGGAAUGGUUCUCGUGGGCAUCGCCGCCUCCCUCAACCACUUCAGCUUCGACGCCAUCGACGUCCACCAGUUCCGGGAGAAAAUGGAUCAGGGAUUCGUCGAGCAGCAGGCGAAGACCACCCAAAACCACAACGCUGUGGCGUUGGGCUACGGCCUCCACGGCGCCAACGGCAAGCAGCCACGAAGCCUCGUGGUGUGGGCACUGGUGGCGUCCCUUGACGCCGUCGUCUCCUGUUGGGUGGGGCACUUCGACUACCACGUUGAGCACCACCUGGUAGGGUCGCCACUUACACACUGAUAGCCGAUGCUCAUGUAUUUGUAUGUGUGUGUGUGUGUGUGUGUGGCAAGGUGCCCUACAUGCCCCGGCGCAACUUGCCCAAGGUGAUGGCGUGAGUGAAGGCCCUCUGCGGUGACGACCUCUACGAGGCCACCACCCAUUUGGAGGGGUGCAGGGGGCUGGUCUACAAGCUCACCCACCCCUUUUUGACGAAGGAGGGGCAGAGGGGUGACUGACAGGGUGGCACGUGCAGUCGAACUGCACGUAUGCCUGCAUGUGGGCUGCAUGUGAGGGAGGGUGGGGUCCAUCUGUCCAUGUGUGUGUGGCCUGAUCGAUGCAGUGUCCCUUUCCAUCCAUCUGUCUGUCUGCCUGCCUACCUAUGUAUCUGUCUGUCUGUCUGUCUCUGUGUGUGUGUUUCUCCUGUCUUUUCCGGUGUGAACGUCUACAUGUGGCCGUGUGUGUGUGUGUGGGUGGGUUUGUUCAUGGUAAGGAGGGAGCGACUGGCUGUCGACGAUCUUUUGUUCUCCGCUCGUACAUACUUUCUUGCCAUUGAUACGUACGGUGUGCGCAGUCGGUCGCGUGUGGUACACAUACGAUGGGGUACCCCUGCGGAUGGGGAGUGGAUUCAUGUGUGUUCUUUACCUGCCCAUCUUUCCUUCUCUCUCUCUCUCUCUCUCUCUCUCUGUGUGUGUGUGUGUGUGUAUGUAUGUGUAUUGUGUGUAUGUGUGUGUUUCUCCUUUCUUUUCACACGAUCGGUGUGAACGUGUACGGCCGUGUGGGUGUGUUUCCUUCUAUGGGAUACGUACGGAUGGUCCGACUUCAUGCUGCACCGGGGGAGAGACAGAGAGAGCAGUGGGAGAGAGUGACUUUGAAGGAGAGAGAAACUAGCUGGGAGAGGAGUGGCUGACGGGUGAGAAACUUUCUUGGUGAAGGGCGUACUCACUUUCGCGCACAGAGGACGUACGGCAUUUCCUCAACACAGUUUUGCCGUUUCUUGCUUGUAGUUGGUCGGAUGUGGUAUACAUACGUUUGGUAUGAUAUAUGUGUGUUUCCUUUUGUGAGGAAGGGUGUGACUGGCUGUCGACGACCUUUUUGUCCCUCAGAUCAGCUCACUCCCCGAUCUCCCGUACGGACCUUCUUGAAUGAAUGAAUGAGUGAACUGACACGUACUUGGUUUGCCCUCCCCCCCCAAGCCGGGGAGACAGAAAAGAGAGAGACCGAGAGGACGGUAUUGCUUGUCAUUCACGUCUGUGCUUUGUACGAAAUGGGCAUUGUCACACACUUAAAUGUCAGGUAGAGGGUGAACCUUUUGUCUCAGUUCAUCUCAUCUCCCUGUGACCCGUUUCGCCGCCUGCCUGCCUGCCGGUGGACCGUUGUUUCUUGGUGCAUACUUGUUCCAUGAACGAAAGGAG